GCGAGUGGGGCUCUGAGUUUCGAAUCAGUGGCGGCGGAUUCCCCGCCCACCAGGUGUCGGGCUGCUGGAAGGAUGCGAAGUCCGAGCUUGGCAUGGCUACUGGGGGGCGUCGUCUUGCUGGCGGCCUCGGCUUCCUGCAAUCACACUGUCCAAGGAGUCAACAGAACCUCUAGAGGAAGAAGUCUUAUUGGUAAGAACAAUGAUUCCCCUCCAAUCACUGGAAAAGGAGUUUCAGUGGAACCAGGCCUUUCUGUGGACGAGUUUUCUACGUUUGUCCUCACUGGGAAGCUGACUACUGUCUUUCUCCCAGUUGUCUACACAAUUGUACUUGUGGUUGGCUUGCCCAGUAAUUGCAUGGCCCUCUGGGUCUUCCUUUUCCGAACAAAGAAGAAGCACCCGGCUGUGAUUUACAUGGCCAAUCUGGCCUUAGCAGACCUCCUUUCUGUCGUCUGGUUCCCCUUGAAGAUUGCCUACCACAUACAUGGCAACAACUGGAUUUAUGGGGACACUCUUUGCAAAAUGCUCAUUGGCUUUUUCUACGGCAACAUGUACUGCUCCAUUCUCUUCAUGACCUGUCUCAGUGUGCAGAGGUAUUGGGUCAUCGUGAACCCCAUGGCAAACCCCAGGAAGAAGGCAAACAUUGCCAUUGGUGUCUCUCUGGGUAUAUGGCUGCUGAUUCUGCUGGUCACCAUCCCCUUGUAUGUCAUGAAGCAGACUGUCUACAUUCCAGCUCUUAACAUCACCACCUGCCAUGAUGUUCUGCCUGAGCAGGUGUUGGUGGGGGACAUGUUCAAUUACUUCCUCUCUCUGGCCAUCGGAGUCUUUAUGUUCCCAGCCUUCCUCACAGCUUCUGCCUAUGUGCUCAUGAUCAGAACACUGAGGUCUUCUGCCGUGAAUGAACACUCAGAAAAGAAAAGGCAGAGGGCUAUCAGGCUCAUUAUCACUGUCCUGGCCAUGUACUUGAUCUGUUUCACUCCUAGUAAUCUUCUGCUCGUGGUACAUUAUUUCCUGAUCAAAAACAAAGGCCAGAGCCAUGUCUAUGCCCUGUACAUCAUAGCCCUCUGUCUAUCCACCCUCAACAGCUGCAUCGACCCCUUUGUCUAUUACUUUGUUUCACAAGAUUUCAGGGAUCAAGCAAAGAAUGCCCUCCUUUGUCGAAGUGUCCGCACCAUGAAGCAGAUGCAAGUAUCCCUCACCUCAAAGAAAUUCUCCAGGAAAUCCAGUUCUUACUCUUCAAGUUCAACCAGUGUUAAAACCUCCUAUUGAGUUUUCCAGCU